AUGCCACCAUCUAAAACUUCUGACAAAAAUUUGGAUUUCGAAAGUACGCUACAAGCCGUCAUUCUUGCUGAUAGAUUUAAUGGACGAUUCCGUACCAUAACCCUUGAUAGGCCACGAUCAAAAUGGAGUCGAUCGUAUUCUCCAAUAAAAAUAAUUACUAUCGUAACACCUGAAGCGCGUUCAGCUGGAGAUGCACUGAGAAAAUUAGAUGAAAAAUAG